GCCUGCGUUCACCUGCGCAAGGUUGCACAGGCUUUAAGCUCCGGCAUUUCGAACUGUAACGACACGGUGUCGACAUAUCCUCGUUUUGUUGUUUCCAUAUUCGCAAAAGUUAUUUUUUCGCGCCACGAAUUAAAAUUUUUUUUUUUUUUAAUCUCAAUACUAUUUUUUCUCCGAUUAUUAUUAUUAUUAUUUGAAAAUAAACUCUGUGACUGUGUGUGUGUGUAAAAUAUUUGCAAACCAACGUUUUCUUAUUCCAAAGAACGUGCGUGACCCGAACGUCGACACGCAACGCUGAUAUGAGCGAACCAGUAACAACAGAGAGAAAUGGACAGAGAUCAUAGAGAGCAACGUGAUCACGAAAACGAGGAACAUAAAAUUGGAAUGGAUUUUCGGGGAUUAUCACAUCACAUGAGUGCGGAUCAUUCGAGAGAUGCCGAUACAGAUAGGGAUAUGGAAACUGAUCAUGAUGAUCAAGUUGAAAAUUUAUGCGAUGAAAAACUUGAGCACAAAAUGGAAAGAGAUUUUUGUAACUUAGCACAUCAUCCAGCCAUGCGCGAUUUGGAGAGAGAUCAAAGCAAUCAUAUGGACAGUUUACAUGAUGACAAAUCAGAUCACAAAAUGGGAAGAGAAUUUCGUAAUAUGAGUCAUCAUCCUGGAAUGGUACAUUUACAUUCUGGUAUUGAACACCUGAGUAACUCAGAUGUGGAGAUAAAAUUAGCGAGAGAUGUACGUGGUUCGCUUGGAUUGGGAUUAUCAUUGGAGCUUUGUGUAGUUUGUGGAGAUCGUGCAAGUGGACGACAUUAUGGAGCGAUAAGCUGUGAGGGAUGCAAGGGAUUUUUUAAACGAAGUAUUCGCAAACAACUUGGUUAUCAAUGUCGGGGCAAUAAAUCCUGUGAAGUUACCAAACAUCAUCGUAAUCGUUGUCAAUAUUGUAGGCUUCAAAAAUGUCUCGCAAUGGGAAUGCGUAGUGAUUCUUGGAAUAUUGCAGCGGUUCAGCAUGAACGUAAACCAGUAUUGGGCGAUUCAACUGGAGCGAAAGGAGGAAAUCGGGGACCUAGAGUAAAACCAGAACCACAACAACCUGCUCCUGAGGCGGCACCUACGUGGGAACAACCUGAAAGUCCCAGCAUGGAGGACCAGAGUAGCGAUAGCGAUCUCAGUGAUGCUCUGACAUUAGCUCGAGAGCGACUGCUCAUUUCUCAUGCAUUGGACAGCAUGGCUAAACUCAUUGGAGAUAAUGUAAAUGGUUCAGGCGAGCCGGAAGAAGAGUGGACUGGUCAGUUAUUGUCAGAAAGGCAUACGUUGUUUGAGUUAAGAGCACCUAGUCCAGCCCCGGCUUACUUAUCGAUACAUUAUAUAUGCGAAAGUGCUGCAAGGCUUCUUUUCUUAUCGGUUCAUUGGGCCAGAGGGAUUCCAGCAUUUCAAGCUCUACCCUCUGAUGUACAAACUAUGCUGGUUCGUAGUUCAUGGGGUCAGCUUUUCACUUUAGGAUUGGCACAAUGUGCUUACACAUUGUCGCUACCUAGUAUCCUCACGUCAAUAAUCAAUCAUUUACAAGCUAGUAUUGCUCAAGAAAAAAUAACCGCAAGUAAAGUGAAAUCAAUCACAGAACAUAUUUGCCGUCUUCAGGAUUGUGUUGGUUCCCUUCAUAAAUUACAAGUCGAUUCUGUCGAGUAUGCUUAUCUUAAGGCUCUAACACUCUUUAGUGCAGACAACGUUUUGGCAGGAAUUUGGAGAAAAAAAGUUGAAGUACUUCAGGAAGCAGCGUGGAAUGAAUUACAACAACGAGUUGGCUCGGAAAGAUUACCACGUCUUUUAUUGAGACUUGCACCAUUAAGAUCAAUUAAUCCACGUGUAUUGGAGGAUCUUUUUUUUGCCGGUCUCAUUGGUAAAGUCAGUGUAGCUAGUGUAGUGCCUUAUAUUCUUACAAUGCAAGACUGCAAAGCUGAACCUGAAAGUCAAAUGGGAUGACAAGCGUUGUUAGUGCAAUUCAAAUUUCACCUAAGAUAUACAGACUAGUGUUGGAUGCCUAUUUUUCUUUUUAAUUAAAAAUUUCCUUAUCGAGGGAAAAAAUGAAACUCAAGCUUUCUGUGAUUCUUCAAAUUAAUCAAUAAUUAAGAUUUCAUUAUUAUUUUUUUUGACAAAUAUUUUGUGAUCAUAUUGCUAUGAUAAGAAUUUUAAUCGAAAUUUUUUUUUUUUAAUACUGAAUUUCGUGACAUAAAUAAAGUUUUAUGAGAAGAAUCCGCAAAAUUUGAAUGGGAAAUUUGAAUUUAAAUAAGCACGAAAUGAAAUAAACAUAAAAAAUUUGAAAUAAAUAUAAAUAUUAGAAAAAUGUCUAAUAUUCCCGAUUAUUUCAAAUGGAAAAAUAAAUAUAAACAGUAUUUAUAAUAUUUGCAAUUGAAAAAAUGUGAUUAUAGUAAUUAUCAAUUUUUACUAUAAAUUUCUUUUUGACGAUUUAUUAUUAGUCAUAAGACUAAUAUUGAGAUUUAUUUAAAAAAAAAAAGUUAUCACUGCACGAAAUUCAGUGAAAACGGAAACUUUGUAUAAAAUACUUGGUAUCCAUCACUUUUCUUUGUUGUUAUAUGUUUGUUAUAUAUUUGCUUCCAAACGUUUAUUUUUAAAUAUUUUAAUUAAAUGAAAAAAAAAAAAAACAAGAAGCAAUUUUGCGGAAUAUUUUUAAAAAUGUGAAUUUCAGCGACAAAAAAUCUAGCAAUGAAAAAAAAAAAAUUAUUUGAAUGUUGUGUGACAAAUAAUAGAGUUUUUAUGGAUUUUUAAAAAUUUAAUUUUUUAAAGAAUUUUAAAUAUAGAAAAAGACUUACAACAAAUUUUAUGGCAAAAAAUUCACAAUGUGCUUUAAAAGCAUUUAUUUUCUUCGCACAUGUUGAAACGUCACUUUCGAAGUAUUUUUUUUCGAUUAGUGAUUUGAGAAAUAUUUUUAUAUUAACGAUUUAAAAAAAAAAGUUUGAACGAGUUAACACGUCUGUUUUUUUUUGGGAAAGUUAAAGGUAUUACUUUUUUUCUAUUAUAUAUAUAUAUAUUAAAUAUGCGUCAAGUGUGAACACUUACAGAAGAUUUUAUUGUAAAUGUGCUUAAUUUUUUUUUAAAAAUGUAAAUUUAUUACAUUAUUGUUAAAAAUGUAAUUAAAUAUAUAUAUAAAUAUUAUAUUUGUAAUAACGUUUCGCUAAUAAUGUUCUGGAUAGAUUAAAUUCUGUAUUUAGCUCACAUUUUCCGAUUAGAAAAAAACCAAAGUCAUUAAUAAUUCAUUUUGUAUAAGUAUUCUAUUUUUUUUUCUUUCAUCGUCAUCAUCAUUUUCUUUUCUUUAGAAACGAGAGCGACAGUUUUUAUUUCUAUCCAAAAACAUGUUCCGGGUACUUAUAUUGUAAUCCAUCCAAUAUUUUCGUAUCAAAAUUUAAUUAUUAUUAUUAGAAAUUAUUAUUGUUAAUAAUCCGAAAGGGUGAAGGCGAUAUGAAAAAAAAAAAACGAAAGAGAGAUGUGAUGAGAGUAUUAACACAAAAUUUACGUUAGUUAUUUUUAAGAAUUAAAAAAAAAGAUCUCUUCAUAAAAUGAAUAUUAUUGAAAAAUAAUUUCUUUUUUGUUUUUAGCAUUUUUUUUUUUAUGAAGGGAAUCUUUUACUGAGAAACAAGAAUAAUUAUUUUUUUUGAAACUAGAGGUACAAGAAACUUUUAAUAAAAUUAAAAGUUCUAAAAUGGUGCACCCUGCAAUAUAUAUAAAAAAACAA